CACCUUCUCACUUCUUCAGUUAGCAACCGCCCUCUCGCUGAUUUCUCGUCAGCCAGCCAAACGGUCCCUUACGCCAUGAAGUUCGGGAAGAGCCUCAGCAACCAGAUCGAGGAGACAUUGCCGGAAUGGCGCGACAAGUUCCUCUCCUACAAGGACCUCAAGAAGAAGCUCAAGCUCAUCGAUCCGAACCGCCGGACCGGUGAGAGGCCCGGCAAGAGGCCGCGGGUCGACGCCGGGGAGGCUUCCGAUGGAGGGACGAUGUCGAAGGAGGAGAUCGAGUUCAUUCAGCUGCUGGAGAACGAGCUCGAGAAGUUCAAUUCCUUCUUCGUUGAGAAGGAGGAGGAGUAUAUCAUCAGACUGAAGGAAUUACAGGAUAGAGUGGCUAAAUCAAAGGAUUUAAAUGAAGAAAUUAUUAAAAUUAGGAGAGAAAUUGUGGACUUCCAUGGAGAGAUGGUUUUGCUGGAAAACUAUAGCGCGCUCAAUUAUACAGGUCUUGUGAAGAUACUCAAGAAGUAUGACAAAAGAACUGGAGCCCUAAUCCGCUUACCCUUUAUCCAAAAGGUCCUGCAGCAGCCCUUCUUCACCACCGACCUCCUUUACAAGCUUGUGAAAGAGUGUGAGGCAAUGCUCGACCACCUCUUCCCGAAAAUUGCAUCCCCUUCUUUACCCAAGGCCGCAGCCAAUGGCAAUGGAGAUGCAGAGGAAGGGUCUGAUCCAUCAACCUCCACCUCUACCUCCUGCUCCAUUGACAAUGAAGGCAUACUUAAACAGAACAAAGAACUCAUAGAGAUAGAGCACAUGAAGAGCCUGUACAUGAAGAGCACGGUAUCUGCUUUACGGGUAUUGAAGGAGAUUAGAAGCAAGAGCUCGACUGUUAGUGUGUUCUCUCUGCCGCCUCUGCAAAUAAGCGGGGUGGAGGAGACAUGGAAGAAGAUCCCAAUCCUUGAGCAAGUCGCCAAGUAGUUCGAUUUUUGUUUUUUUUUUUUUUUUUUCUCCCACUCCAUGCAUCUGAUAUGCAGGAUUGAUACAUACAGUGACACAUAUGUACGAUGCUAUAGGGUUAAAGCGUCUUAGGAGCAAGAUUAAAACCUAAGCUAAUCUGUAUAAUUAAGAAUCUUAAUCAUUAAGCAGUUUCAUUAAUCUUUUUGUUGUGCAA